AGCGCGCGGAAACCAGGCGGGUGGGCGCGCCAGGAGCAGUGACGGAGCCGGCGUCAGGUGUCCGGGAAAGAGCUCCCAAAGGCGCACGCAAGGGGACUGCGGAGAAGGCACCAAGAGCCCGGCGAGGAGCUGCGGUAGCUGGGAACCCGGGCCCGGCUGCUGGCAGAGGGAUGCGCCCCACUCUCGGGCCUGCCUGUCACCCACCUGAGGCGUUUCGGGUCCUGGGGCGACACUCCGCGCACCAGGUGAGGCUGCAAGGUCACUCUGCGGGCGGGACGGAGAGUUGGGAUCCAGCUCUGGAAGGGCGAUCAAGGACACGCGCCGCUGGAGCGCAGGGUCUGGUCUCCCCGAACCGCACCGCUACCCUGGGUCCCCCGGCCGAGUCCCCGCGGCCGCCCGACAGCGUGGCCAGCGGCGGGAAGGGAGCCCAGGACGACCGCGAGGCCCCCGACGGCGGGGCUGCGGACUCCUCGCCAGUCCCGCCCGCCACCCACAAGUGGGUAGUAUCUCGGGGGCAUCAGCGCCCGCCCCCCAGCGCCCCUUCCUGGGGCUUAUGUUCCCCGGGCUUGGCCCCGCCCCUGUACCCCAUUGGUCGGGUCCGGAGGGGGCGGGACCCGACGGCUGCAAGUUGGACUGAGAGAGGCCACCUCGGCCCGAGACUCGCUGCACAGACGAAGGGUCCGCGCCUCCCGGAGCCCGGCGGGAGCGCGCCCUCCGCCUCUGAGCUGAGCUGCCUCGGCAGCAGCCGGACUGUCUGGCGCGGCGGCACAGAGAGACUAGCCGACGGUCCCCGGUCCCCGGAGGAGCCCUUGCCCGAGGAGGUGCUGCCGCAUCCGACUACUCGGAGCCGCGACAGGCGCCGCGGGCCGGGCGCUCUAGGGACCGCGUUGCGUUCGCGGGUGACGCCGCCCCGUCCCGCCGGCCCCAAGCCCGGCCCGCCGCUCGCCGUCGGGGCGGCCCCAGCCCCGAGCCCGGUCGGGAGCGGAUGCGCGCGCGGUGAGGCCGCCCGGGUCCCGCCAUGGCCGCGCGCCCCGGGCCGCUCUGGCUGCUGGGCCUGGCGCUGUGCGCGCUGAGCGGCGGCGGCGCCUCUGGCCCGCGCCCCUCGCCCGGCUGCCCGCAACGGCGCCUGGGCCCGCGCGAGCGCCGCUACCUGCAGCGCGAGAUCCUGGCGGUGCUCGGGCUGCCCGGGCGGCCCCGGCCCCGCGCGCCGCCCGCCGCCGCCCGGCUGCCCGCGUCCGCGCCGCUCUUCAUGCUGGACAUGUAUCGCGCCAUGGCCAGUGACGACGACGAGGGCGGCGGGACCCCCGAGCGGCGCCUGGGCCGCGCCGACCUGGUCAUGAGCUUCGUCAACAUGGUGGAAUGGGACCACACCCUGGGCCACCAGGAGCCCCAGUGGAAGGAGUUCCGCUUUGACCUGACCCAGAUCCCGGCGGGGGAGGCCGUCACGGCCGCGGAGUUCCGGAUUUACAAGCUGCCCAGUACCCACCUGCUCAAUUGGACCCUCCACGUCAGCAUGUUCGAGGUGGUCCUGGAGCAGUCCAACAGGGAGUCUGACUUGUUCUUUUUGGAUCUUCAGACGCUCCGAUCUGGGGACGAGGGCUGGUUGGUGUUGGACGUGACAGCAGCCAGUGACCGCUGGCUCUUGAACCGUAACAAGGACCUGGGACUCCGCCUCUAUGUGGAAACAGAUGAUGGGCGCAGCGUGGAUCCUGGCCUGGCCGGUCUGCUGGGGCAACAGGCACCGCGCUCCCAACAGCCUUUCGUGGUCACCUUUUUCAGGGCGAGCCCCGGCCCCGUCCGAGCCCCUCGGGCAGUGAGGCCCCUGAGGAGGAGGCUGCCGAAAAGAACCAACGAGCUGCCGCCCCCAAACAAACUGCCGGGGAUCUUCGACGACGUCCACGGCUCCCACGGCCGACAGGUGUGCCGUCGGCAUGAGCUCUAUGUCAGCUUCCAGGACCUUGGCUGGCUGGACUGGGUCAUCGCCCCCCAAGGCUACUCAGCCUAUUACUGUGAAGGGGAGUGCUCCUUCCCACUGGACUCCUGCAUGAACGCCACCAACCACGCCAUCCUGCAGUCCCUGGUGCACCUGAUGAAGCCUGACGCGGUGCCCAAGGCGUGCUGCGCGCCCACCAAGCUGAGCGCCACCUCCGUGCUCUACUACGACAGCAGCAACAACGUCAUCCUGCGCAAGCACCGCAACAUGGUGGUCCGCGCCUGCGGCUGCCACUGAGGCCCCGCCCCGCCUGCUGCGCCGCCCCUACCGGGUCAGGUCAGCCCUCCGCAGGGGGCACCCCCUAACGCCUUCACAGCUCAGGCAGGGCGGCAGCGAGGGCGCCCCUCCGCUGCCCACAUCCUGCCAGGGGCUGGUCCUCCCCAGGCCCCUCUGCCCCGCCCCCGCCCGGCGCCUGAGGCGGUGGCGGAACUCCGGCCUGGUGGUCAGCGUCCGCAGCAGGGUCCUACCCCGCCCCCUCCUCAGAGGCACGGGCUGACCGUUCUUUGGGGCUGGCAGAGAGUCCUGUCUGAGGACCUGCCCUUGUCCACUGCUGGCCUAGCUGUGGGUGGAUGUGGGACGAACUCAGAGGCACCUGCAGCCCAGGAUGGCCACCUCAGGCCCUUCACCGUCCACGACAGGGUCUAGGGAUGUGUAGACAGGUCCUGGUCCAUCUCCAGUUGCCUGCCCUUCCCAGGUGCAAAACUGGGCAUUUCUGGGCACUUCUGUUAGAGUGUGGAGUUGCCCUCGGUGGGCUAUAUUUGUGGAUCUGAAUUACCAAACCGCUGGCCACAAGGAGGCAUGUGGGUCGCCUCCAGAAAGAGCUAAAUGGACAGCAUGAUUUAGGGCCAAGGCCGAUGGCAUUCAUCUUCCCUGUCUUCCUCCCUUGACCUGCCUCUGCUGUCUGGGAAAGACGUGCAGGGCAUGGACACUUCAGGGAAACAAAAAAUCCUGGGGGCUUUAUUGACCCCGUCUGUCUGUCACCAUGUUGAACCAUCAGGAGUUCAGGUCUGUGGAAGUUAUCUUUUUGCUGAGCCAAGUAUGGUGGAUACAUCGGGUGGCCCAGGGUGACAAUGCCCAGCACGGGUGACAUAGUUUCCCUUAACCUUCUGCACAGCAGUCAUCAAUAAUCAACCUUGAUAUUUUUUCUUUCAAAUCUGGAUAGAAUUUCAAAAUGACCAGCACAGAACUCCAGGUGGCCACCACCAACAGGUUAGAGUUGGCAUGUGGAGUGAAAACUCUCUGCCAUCUCCUGCCUCCAGUGCUCUGGGACACGGGGCAGCCUGGGGCCAGGCGUGGGGCGAGGGCAAGGCUUGUCAGCACCUGCCCGUGUCCAGAAGCUGUCAGAAACAGACUGUUCAGCCAAGCCUGCGUCACCCUGUGUGCCCAGGAGCCCCGUCCUGUCUCUCGGGGCCUGUGAGCCAGAGAAAAGGCCCCAGUCCCAGGGGAGUGACAGGAGCAAUUAAGCUGAGCUGGGUGGGGCGGUUCCCGGAAACCACUGCUCUCCUUGGAGCGGCCGCCGGCAGCUGGAGUGUUUAUUUGAUUUCUGACUUGGUAAGCCUGUAAUUUACCUGGUGGAGCGGACUGCGUCCAGCUGCCCGAACCCUGAAAUACUGUGUCAUUAAAAGCAGAGCCUGGGCCCGCCCCAACCCACGGGCACAGCCCAGGAUGUGCAGCCCUGGAAUUCACUCUGCGCCCCAAGGAGGGGCUCCGGGAGCGCAGGUCUGGCAGCCAGGGGUGAAGGCUGGGGCCUUGCUGCAGGACAGCAGCCCCUCCGCCUGGACCUGGGAGGGCCUCUGGGAGCCAGUGCACAGGAAGAGACCCUCCCCAUGGACACAGGAGACUGGAAAAUGGUGAGCUCCCCAUCAGUGUAGGGAUCUAAGCUCUGGCCUACAUGUUAGGGAACAUGACUUGGUGGCUUCCUCCUCUGGGCCGAUUUCCCAUCUGUAACAUGAAGCAUGGACUUUUUGAUUUGAAAAGGGCCUUCAGCCAGGGAAUCUGUCUGCCAACCCUGUCUCACACUGAGCCCAGAGGCAGCCUGGUAACCCUGAACACGGAGCUCAGGUGGCCAUCACGAAUCAGAGCUGGCACGUAGCAUGGAACCUGUUUGUUAUUCUAGUACUUACCUAACAGUUCUCUCUUCCCAACGUGGAGGACUGUCUCUUAGGUAAAUAUCAAUCUUAAAUUAGCAGAUUAUUUUGAGAACUAACUUUUUUCACUUGAAAAUUUUUACUGGUAAUUUUCUGAAUUUCAAAUUGUUUUUUAUUGCGGAAGUGGAAAAAUCAAAACAUGUUAGCUCACCAGCUACAAAUUACUGAAAAAGAUGGUAGCCUUAAUGGUAGUUUCAUCAAUGACUACCAUUAAAAUGGAAUUGACAACUAAUUUUUUAUUUUUUUUGACAAUUUUUUUUUUUUUGCGGUACACGGGCCUCUCACUGUUGUGGCCUCUCCCGUUGCGGAGCACAGGCUCCGGACGCGCAGGCUCAGCGGCCAUGGCUCACGGGCCCAGCCGCUCCGCGGCAUGUGGGAUCUUCCCGGACCGGGGCACGAACCCGCGUCCCCUGCAUCGGCAGGCGGACUCUCAACCACUGCGCCACCAGGGAAGCCCCGACAAUUUUUUAAUUUGGUAUUUUUAGGCCCAGCCAGUGAUUAGCUUGGUCGGGUACACCAAGAAUGUCUGUCAUAUUAUCCAAAGGUUGGUAGAUGUGGAGUACACCUCAUCUACCAAUGAAGCUGUGCACAGCAGGAGUGGAGUUACAACACUUUUUCAAGCAGAACAACUGAAAAACAGUAAGUUAUUGCUUAUGUACCUGGCCGUCAGACUUCCAGCAACUUUUGCCAUCCAGUUACCAAAUGAAAUCAAAUAGGAAAAGCCCCGAGGAGUGGAACAGUUGUGAAUGGACACAAAGCCCAUGUAUGUUAUCCCGAGAGUUAUCUGUUUGCUUAGCCAAGCAUUGCAGCUGCAGUACCCUUGCUCAGGGCCUGGCUUGUUUACCUGGCCAGACUAGAAUAAAUAAGGGUGGUCAAUUCAGACCCACUGACAGCAGUAAGAAAUCAGUGACAGUUGAUAGGCAGGGAGGACACGUAGGAAAAAAGGCUAAGGUGAAAUGCACAACAGUUUUGGUGUUUGCAGUGCAAUCCCAGCCUCAAGACCAAGUCAUCAUAAUGUGAGGUUCACUGUCUUCAAACUAAGAUAGGUAGUAACAUGUUCUGGAAAAAUCCCUAAGAAAUAGGAAAAGAGGCAGCACAGCAGGAGUACAGAUUUUUGAGCCAAAUGGAUUUGAAUCCUGGUUCUUCUUCCUCUGUAGAGUAGGAUACUGGCUUUCCUUCCAAGCUAUUUAAAAAAAGAUCAUAUGUGGACACAAACAUUUAGGACAACAUCUGACAUGUAAAUGCUUAACAGCUGGUACCUGUUGGUAUUAUUACAAAUGAAUUUGCUAGUUUUGAGCCCCUUCCGUGCUUGUCCACUAAACCUCUCCUCCUCCCGGGAUGUAUCCUGUGGUGUUUUAUUUCCGAGCUGUGCUUUUCCCACCGCAAUCCUUUGAGGGCAGGACUUGUGUUCUCACCUGCUUUAAAGGCCUGGGACAAGUGCCCAGUUAUGCAGGCCAGGGCUGUGACACUGUGCUCUGUGUUCCCAGAGACAAGGGGAUCCCAGUGGCCUGCUGAGGGCACUCAGCACCACCAGGUGCCCUUUUGGCAGUUUAAACAGGGGUUGUCCAUCCCAAGUGUUAUUCCUUAUGAGGAGGCCUUUUGUGAGCAUUUGACCCACUUUUUUAAAAAAUGUGCUUUUCAUUUAUUACAAAAGUAAUGCAGUUUUGGAGAAAAGUUUGGAAAAAAACAAAAAAUAAAACAAUUCAAAUCACUAUAAUCCUCUAAGUCAGAUAAACAUGCUAGAAAAAUUUUGAAUUUAUUUCUAGGCUUUUUUCUUAGAAUACAUAUAAAAUAUAGAUGUUUACAUAUUACAGAUAGGUAUUUGUACAAAAUUGGGAUCAUACUGUAUUAUAUAAACUGCUUUAGAUGUGCUUUUCCCAUUUUAUUAUAUGGUGUAAUUUUCCCUGUUAAUAAAUAUUUUU